AUGGUUUAUUUCAGUCCGCGUGGCAUGCAGGAACCGUGUAGCCCACCAGGAAUGCCGAUCACAGCGAAGAGUCCGACGAUGGAGGGGUCCGUCAGCGCCGAGAUGGUUGUGGCGGCGGCCUCAGAGGAGCCGGCCUCCGACACGGGACGCCCGACGACACUCGGCAACGGUAAGGCGGAACGUCCCCCGGGUGGCGUCGGCGUCACACUCAAGUUCUCGAUCGCCAACAUUAUGGGACGGGACGAGGAUCGGGAGGAGCGACGGCGUGCCGAGGACCGCACGCGGCGACACGAGGAAGCCGAUGACGAGGAGGACGACGAGGACGAGGUGCUGGAUGUGGCCAGCCCGGACGAAUCGUUCGAUGCGUCGUUUGGGGCGGCGUUCGGCCGGAAGCGUCACAGUCCGGACAAAUCGAUGAGUCCGCUGUCGGCGGCCGGAUCUAGCCCGUGCUACGAGCUGCCGGCCGCGGUGUCCGUGGCCGAAGCGUACGACUCGGCGUUCAAGAAGUACGUGCCCAACUCGAUGCACCCGUUCGUGGCCAACACCCGGCACCACCAGGAGCUACUCAGCCAGUACCCGUUGCUGUACUAUCCGGGCCAGCUAAUGUGCGCGGCCGCUCAGUACGCAGCCCUCACUCAGCAGCACCACCAGCAACAGCAUCAUCACGCGGCGGCUGUUGCAGCCCUACACCCUUACCCGGCGGGGCCCGAUUCCGCAGUCAUCCGGCGGCUCGACAGUCCACCCAGGUCUUCACCGCCUCCGACGGUGGCUCAGGGUGGCCCAGCUCCAUUACCACCCCACGGUCAUCCCCUGAACGGACAUCACCUGCACGGACAUCCGCAUCAGCACGGGGGACAUCAUCACCAUCACCAUCACCACCACCAUCAUCAUCAACUGCUGUCGGCGGCUGCUGCCGCUGCAGCCGCCGCAGCAGCCGCCGCGGCUGAUCGAAGCAAACCGUCGCCACCGGGCGGCAAACGCGCCGCCGCGGUCGCUUCCACCGUUAGCCUGAACCUCUCGACCAGCAGCACCUGUUCGUCGAUCAGCUCGAGCUCGCGGACGACGGGUUCGCCCGGCGUCUGCGAGGUACAGUCCCCACUGGGAAGCGGCGGUGGUGGCGGCUCCUCGGCGGCGGCGGCUGCGGCGGCCGUCCUUGCCGCGAAGCAGAAAACGUUCGCCUGCCCCGAGUGUGGCAAGGUGUUCAACGCCCACUACAACCUCACCCGCCACAUGCCGGUCCACACGGGCGCCCGGCCGUUCAUCUGCAAGAUCUGUGGCAAGGGCUUCCGGCAGGCGUCGACCCUGUGCCGGCACAAGAUCAUCCACACGUCCGAGAAGCCGCACAAGUGCCAGACGUGCGGCAAGGCGUUCAACCGCUCGUCGACGCUGAACACGCACACGCGCAUCCACGCCGGCUACAAGCCGUACAUCUGCGAGUACUGCGGCAAGGGCUUCCACCAGAAGGGCAACUACAAGAACCAUAAGCUGACGCACAGCGGCGACAAGGCGUACAAGUGCAGCAUCUGCAACAAGGCGUUCCACCAGAUCUACAACCUCACCUUCCACAUGCACACGCACAACGACAAGAAGCCGUUCACGUGCAAGAUCUGCGCCAAGGGCUUCUGCCGGAACUUCGACCUGAAGAAGCACAUGCGCAAACUGCACGACGUCAGCCUUGGAGGCCUUGGCCACAAGCGGUCACGAUCCGGCGCGGCAUCGCGGGCCGCCCUCGAAGCACGCCUCGCAUCGCCCGACACCUCCCCGAGACCUCCGUCUAGACCAGCCGCCUCUCAGCAUCACCACCACCACCAGCACCAAGCACCACACCUGCACCAUCCAGGUCUGCAUGGGCCACAUCUUCACGGUGCGGGUUCCCAUCCACCCAUCCAGCAGCUACCACCGCCACCAGCUUCGGCACCGCACCACCCAGUUCCGGCGGACCUACAGACCAACUCGUCGCCCUGGGCAAGCGCUUCGUCACUAGCCGCCCUCCAUCACACGGCCGUCGCAGCGAUGCGGAACGGAGCCGCCGACUACGCCAGCCCCUUCCUGAUGCCCAGCUCCGGGCGGCACCAGCGAUUGGUGGCCGUGGCCGCCGCUGCCGCCACCGACGGUCCGUUCAUCGGGAAGGUGUUUUGA